AUGGAUCCAAUCAAGUAUGUGAUUGAAAGUCCAUAUCUACUAGGGAGAAUAGCCAAAUGGCAAGUCAUACUAUCCCAAAAUGAUAUUAUCUACAUGACCAGAAAGGCAGUGAAGGAAAGUGUUAUAGCAGACCUCCUGGCAGAAAAUCCAAUCAAUGAAUAUGAAGCUUUGGAUCUUGAAUUCCUGGAUGAAUAUAUCAAUAUAGUAGAGGAAGAAAUAGAAGAGCAGAGUGAUGUCUGGCAAAUGUAUUUUGAUGGGGUAGUUAACAUAUCAGGUAAUGGAAUCGAAUCAAUCUUGGUAUCUCCAGAUGAAAAAAAUUUCCUAGUCGUAGUAAUGUUGAGAUUCAAAUGUACAAACAAUGUUACUGAAUAUGAAGCUUGUGUGAGUGGUUUACAAGUAGCCAUUGGAAUGAAAGUCAAGAAGUUAGAAGUAUAUAGCAAUUCAGCUUUGAUAAUCUAUCAAGUGAAAAGGGAAUGGUAG